CUGAUCUUUGGAUUGACGCCGUUUGGCUUCAUUUCUUUUCCAGACGCCACCCUGAACAGGUUGCUCCUGCUCGGUCGCUGCUGCUGGACACAGUUCCAGAGAUUUAGAGAGCAGUAUCUGACUGUUUAACAGUUUUGUUUUAUUGGAGGUUUUCGUUGGGAAGAAGCUGGAAGCACCAAUGGCAUCGCCUUUCUUGCCUCUACACCAGAACCUCCCGUGUUCUAUCUGCUACUCGUUCAAUGAUCCAGAGAAGCUGUCCUGUGGUUGCAGUGUCUGCAGGACGUGCAGGACUAAAUAUCCGGGAGGAGAGUGUCCUUCCUGCAGAAGAUGGGCAUCUAAAGAACAUCCUCUAGUGGACAUGGGUCUGAGGAAUCCUCGUGAAUCUCUUUUAAGGCCGAUGAAUCAGAGUGAGGUCAGAAUCUCUGCUCUGAGAAAGGAGGAGGAGGAGAGGAUCCAGAGGAUGAAGAGUGAUUUUGAAGAGAUGGACAGACAGAUGAAGGAGGGCUUGAGGAGAGAAACAGAAAGCUUUAGAGCUUUGCACACCUUUCCUCAUCCACAACUCCAUCCAGGAGUUCUGAUUGAGAACCUGAGAGAACCGGAGAACUUCGGUCCAAACAGUCUCAUUCCUCUGGCUUUGGACCCGAUCACUGCAGCCUCCUCCCUCAGUAUCGCAGCAAACCUGAGCAAUUAUUCUCUCGCUACUGAAAGAGUUCAGUUUUACUCAGAAAUCCACAGCAGGGAAUUGAAAGUUGGAUUCAGAGAGAACCAGGUUAUAGUGGCUAAAAGAAUCACGAAGGAGUAGCAAAGCUUUUCCAGACAAAGUAAACAGUAGAAAUUCUGAUAAACUGAUCAUCUAGAAUUUAUGUGACGUACAGCUCUGGAUAAAAAUAUAAGAGAGCAUUUAAAAAUGAUGAGUUUCUUUGAUUUUACCAAAUUAAAAUCCUCUGGAAUAUAAUCAAGAGGAAGAUGGAUGAUCACAAACCAUCAAACCACCAAACUGAACUGCUUGAAUUUUUACACCAGGAGUAAAGCAGCAUAAAGUUAUCCAAAAGCAGUGUGUAAGACUGGUGGAGGAGGAGAACAUGAUGCCAAGAUGAAAAGAAAAAUGUGAUUAGUUAUUCCACCAAAUAUUGAUUUCUGAACUCUUAAAACUUGAAUAAGAACUUAAAAUUUCUCAUUUUCUGUAAAUAAAUGCUCUAAAUGACUAAAAUAUUUUUAUUUGGAAUUUGGGAGAAAUGUUGUCUGUAGUUUAUAGAAUAAAACAACAAUGUUCAUUUUACUCAAACAUAAACCUAUAAAUAGCAAAAUCAGAGAAACUGAUUCAGAAACUGAAGUGCUCUCUUCAUUUUUUACAGAGCUGUAUGAUUGUGAGAAGCGUCUGGUAACUUUAUCUAAUUACAAUUUCCCAAACACAUACCAAAAGAAAAAGUACAUGUUUUUCUGCAAUAACUGCAAACAUUCACUAAAAAUGAGAAAACUCUAAAGUAAAACUAAUCGAUCAAUACCUGUAGGAUUAUUGAACAGUUUUGAUAUUUAAAGGGAAAGUGCUACAAAAUUAUGAAAUGUUACCUAUUAAAUGCAAUAUAGGUUUUAGAUCAACAGCAGACUCAACUGCCCCUUAAUAACAUAAUACAUAAUAGAAUAAGUAAGACAUGAAUCAUUUGUGUUGAUAUAAAAUUUAUUUAAAAAAUUUAAUUGACAUGAACGUACCUUACACCCUGUGCAAGGCUUGUUGCAAUGCUCAUUGCUAUCUUACACCCCACUAACAGUCUAUUUUCACUCCUUCCUCCUGUCUGGUUUAAACAGCAGCAGAGCUUCUGAAUAUAUCUACACUGAUGGGCAUGGUGUUCUGGAAAUGAGGUGUGUUCAGGUACAUUUCUGGAGUUUUGCUUGUUUAUCUUGGUAACAGAAAACACAGGAGCUCCACUGACUGAAUACAACCUAGACAGACGCCAACAGUCAGACGCUCAUCUAUCUUGGCAACUUUUACAUCAACAAUAAACAGAAUAGUAAAUAAAAUAACAUUGCUGUUCCCGUAAAUGAGCUGCUGGAGCUCCUUCACAGCGUCAACCAGCAGCUCAGUUUCCUCUGCUGAGAAGAGUUUGUUGAACACGUCCAGGUAGCUGCACCGUUACAAUAGCAAUCCACCAAAGUCAGAGCUCACCUGAUCUACUCUUAAAGAGAAUGAUGAGCAAGAGACACUCUUCUUGAUUGAUUGGUUUAUUAAAUACGUAGGACACCUGUUUUGCCGAGAUAGUAAUGAAUGUCUGACUGUUGACUGUUGUCAGGGUUUUAAUCAGUCAGUGGAGCUCCUGUGUUUUCUGUUACCAAGAUAAACAAGCAAAACUCCAGAAAUGUACCUGAACACACCUCAUUUCCAGAACACCACGCCCAUCAGUGUAGAUAUAUUCAGAAGCUCUGCUGCUGUUUAAAUUAUACAAGUGAAAGGAGUGAAAAUAGACUGUUGAUGGGGUGUGUAAGAUAGGAAUGAGCGUCAGGACACACCCUGUGCAGGGCGUGAAAUAAGAUAGCAAAACUUCAAUAUAAUAGAGUGAGUUAUGCCUGAUAUGCCUGAUGCAUAUUCUUGAAGCUCAUGUUUUUUUAAAACACAUUUAUUUUUAUAAUAAAUUGAUAUUCUACAAAAAUGGGUCCAGUAACAAUAAAUCAGAUUAUUUGUAGUUAAUACUUAGUAAUAUUUGUCUAGUAGCAUAAUUUGCCAAUAUGUUGUUAAAUUGGGAAUAAACGAGGUUUAUGUACUAUGCUAAAGUUCAUAUAUAAUCACAAUAUAAUCAUUUAUAUCAUUUAAAUAAUGUAUAAGAGUAGGGAUUUAUUUCUAUGGGUUUAGCUUUUGCUCUUAUCAGCUGUUUAAAGGGGCAGUGAUGAAUAUUACUUUACUUUUUUGUGUGUUAUGUUUCUAAAUAUAUUGAAAUUUAUUUUGUUUUGUUCCUUUAACUGUUUGUUUUAUUCUGUUUUUAUUCUGUGGCUAUAAAAUAAAACUCAUUUUUCAGGAAACAUUAGAAAUAACCAAAAAAUUGAGAGAUGAUUUAGGAAAAAAUUAAUUUAAACAAAAAAAAAAUGUUUUUAUAUAAAAGGUGGCAGUAUUGUCUACUUUUAUAAAAAACCUUCUUUUUAUAAAAAUCUUCUUUUUUUUUUCAUUGUUACAGUUAAAAAUUUGUUCAUGCCAUUAAAUCAUUUGAUAAAUUCUUGAAUAUUAUUGAUAUAUUUCCUUCUCAUUCAGUAUCUUACUAUAUACUGAUA